AACCAGGUGAAACCAGCUGUCCCUGCCCUCUGGUAUAUAAGAAACAGCAGCCCUUGGUAAAAAACCACUUUUCUCCUGACUAGCUCCUUUUCUGGAUUUCUUGGUGUCUAGGAGCGCUCAGAAGGGUGCCAAGAUGAAGGUGUUUGCCCUGGCGAUUCUGCUGGUCAGCUUGUACUGCAUAGAAGGUGCUGUCGUGAAACGGGAAGCUGAGGGCGAACAGGCACCUGCGACCGCAUCCCCCCAUAUUGAUCAGUUCUUCGCUCGGUAUUUCCCAAACAUAUCAGAAUACUUCAAGAAGGACACCCUGACUGACUAUACAACCCAGGCCCGGGAUUUUCUCCGGCAGCUACCUGAGCGGAUCUUCAACGAAGACCUGAGAGAUCAAGUGUCACAAACCAUCACCAGGGUUGUGGAGUCUGCCAAGGCGGUCAUCCAGUAACUGGGAGAAACUGCUGCUAAGAGCUGCCGGGUCUGUCUAUUAAGAGGGAGGCAAGAGGAAAUUCUUGGAGCUUGUUGUAACGCAAUGACUGUGUCAGGAUCGUGCUGUUUCCACAAUAAAAACAGUUUGAACCUAA